AUGUUGCCGUUUCUAGAAUGGAUUGUGUUCCUGUGUGUGCUUCAAACGACCCAAUCGUUCUCCCUGAUUGAUCGCAUAUGCAAAAUCAAUAGUUCCUUCGACAGGUGCGCUUCACGGGCCAAACAAGGAGAUACAAACAACGGAACACACUCCAAAUGGAUUCGUGCGGACGAGCUGUCAGAAGAAGACCAAAAGUUCCUAAGACUGGCUAGACAAACUGGAGACGAUCCCUACGUCUGUCCAAAGCCGUUUCGGUUCAAAACCUAUGCAGAGCAGGCAGUGGAGUUCUGCAUUCGAUACAAAGAUCAGAAAAGGCGUGGCAAAUGGCGGUCAUUUACGUGA